GAGAAAAUAACAGCGCAUGAUUUCGCGCUGCUGCAAGUGAUCGGGUUGUAGAAAUUCAUAAAGUGACCACUCUUGAUAUACUACUGUCCGGUAGUCUCAAAGUUUGGUUUGUCGCAAGCAGCCAGCAGAAGAUUUUGGUUCCAGGUUUUACUCUAACGAACUUUCCAAGGUUAAAUGAGUCAUCUUAUGUGGGAAAUUGUGAUAUGCAAAAUUCCAAAAUAAGCAGUGAUUCUUCGUUAUAUUUUUACUCUGGUGACAAUAAUGGCAAUGGAAAAAGGAAAUUAGUUCGUAAAACUAGUGCGGAAAUCGUAAGCGAGGCUAAAAGCAUGCUGGCUGGAGGUGGAACGCGUCUAGUUCCUGCUAGAAGACCAAUCACACCAAGCGAACCAAGAAGGCAGCUUUAUGGUCGUGUAGCGCCUCCAGGACGACCGCCCAGUGCUUUUAGCUUAAAAUAUUUACAGUUUGAAUCGCGCGCUUUACCAUCUUUGGAACCUAUUCAAAGUGCAAUCCAAAGAAAUAGUUUCACACGCUCGGAGUCAGCCGAUUCCAUUUCAUUGGAGGGAAAUGAUACAGCGAAUGUCAGUAACAAUAAUAGCAAUGCGUCCAGGAGUAAACUACCUGCCUUACUUAAAGUACCCAGUAAGCAAGCUGGAUCCUUGGAUAAUCUUUCAGAGUGUAUGCCACCACGGAAAGACUUCAAGCCACCAACACCACCUUUGACGCCGCAGUUUUCACUGAAUGUUGAGCCAAAACCACUGAAUGAGAAGCGUCCCUCCGAGGCGGGAGCUCCCGGGAUAACAGUGUCUGCCAAGCCGACACCACCGGGCAGUAUCGUACGUAAUCACCCGCUGAAGCGUCGUCCCGUUCAAUCACUAGAUGAGCGCCAGAGUGUGCCCGAAACGGAUAAGCUUUCUUCCUCACCGGCAGACCUCAUGGGAGGUGCGAAAAUGGAUUAUCGAAAGGAAAAAGCUAAACUCAGCAAAAGUAACGACUUGCUUGCUAAAUCCUCGACAGAGUCGUUGCUGGACAUGUUAAAGGCUCAUGCCGGGAUUAAGGACUGUAACGACGAAACCGUGAGUCACAUUAAUGGGAUUCUAGGGGAGCUUUACUCGCGGGUGAAGGGAGCGAAAGGAAGUUGGCGUGGAGCAGUAUUGGGAGCACUGUACGGGCUAGUAGAAUCAAACUCGCCGAAAAUACUGCUCUCGGUAGCGCGUGUAGUGUUGGCACUAAACGUUACUGGUAGUAAUCUAACAGGCGCGUGCAAAUUAGUGUUUAAGAUAGCGCGGAAUGAAAACAAUGAUUUACUUUUUGCUGACAGUGACGUUCCAGAAUUACUUGUUGAUGGAUUAGGACGUGCUUCACCAGUUGAUGAGCCAGAGGCGUGCAUCUAUGGUUACGGGGCGAUUCGAUUUUUAGCAGGGUCAGCUGCUUCUGCCAUGCAGAAAAGCAGAUCCGAAAAUUCAUUUCGAGAAACAAAGCAAAAAACGUUGGCUUGCCGUCUCGCUCGCCAUGGUUUAGUGCAGUUGAUGAUAUUGCAUCUUAAGAUGUUAAAUGAGUUGGGCUCUGCAAAGAAACUAUCUGGAACCCCAUUACAUGCAUUGUUUCAGCUUUCUGGUGCCUUGAGAACUCUCGCCGGAGUUCCCGCAGUUGGAAAUUGUGUAUCGGCAACACGUUCUCUUUUAAAUAGUACUAGUCCACAAAUAAAAGAAACUCAAGAAAGUGAAUUGGUUCAAUUAGAAUUGGCGGGGCCUCUACUAGUACGUGCAGCUGAAAUGUGUAUAGAUGAACCGGAAGUGCAAGCCAACGUCAUUCGCACUCUUAGUAUUCUUUCGGAACGACCUGAAUGUUGUGAACAGCUAACAGAAACCGCACCCCGCUUGGGAAUUUUGUUGGGAUCGAUCAGCAAAACUAGUCCCUCUGUAGAAAAAGGAUUGGCAGCCGUAAAUCGGCUUGGAUAUAUUCUAGGGAACAUAAUGACCCGAUGGGAUGCUGCUCGUCUGUUAUUUUAUUCUAAUGAUGUAUCCAUGGAAGCGAUCUUUAAGGCUUUGGAAUACUACUCCAACAAACGGCUCUCAAUGAAAAACCAAAUGGGAGAUUCAGUAGUGGAUGUUCUCACCAAGCUUGUUCGAGUGGUCGCCAAUAUAAGCGUUAACGCAGACGUUGGCUAUGGGUUGAGUAAUAAACCAUCACUUGGCGAGAUUCUUCUAAGCAUUCUUCUUAAAGUAAAAGAUGCAAAGGAGUCCGAUAUGGAAGAACUUCUCUUCGCCACUUUGGGCGCAUUGCAUAACCUUUCCUAUUAUUACGAGCAGCCAGAAAACUCACUUCAGUAUAAUCACUUGGGAAGUUUGGCCGACCGCUUGAAGGAUAUCUGCGGGAUUCUAUGCAGCAUACUCAACACAGAAUCAAGUUCUGCCCGCUCGGAGGUUGCACGUGUUCUUGGUAAUAUGACUCGGAAUGAGGAAGCACGUCAAACCUUUUGCUCAGAAAAUGGGUUACACAUUUUGGUACAAUGCUUGGAGUCGGAUAAUAUUGAACUUCUGGUCACAUCUUGUGGAGUUCUUGUUAAUGUUUUGGGUGAUUGGGAACGGAGGGCCCCUUUUCGGGAGAUGCAAGGCCCAAUAUUGCUGCGCAAACUUUUACAGCGCGGUGCGUCAACGCAGGAUUGGAUUCUAGCUGGUAUAGCAUGUCAAGCAAUGUGGAAUUAUUUAAUUGAUUGUGGAAACGUGGUCAACGCUUUGGGUGAUUUAGAGGUCGAUUACAUCUGUGGGGAUUUAGCUGAGUGUUUGGAUGAAGUUAAAUUAUUCAACGGAGAGGAUCCAGACAUAUUUUGGGAAGAAUUUGCUCCAGUUGCUACUGAUCUGCUAGAGAGAUUACAGUCUUGUAUGUCAAUAGGAAAUUCUCCAUGCAUUUCAUCGGAUGAUGAAUCUGAUAUGAUUAUUGGACAAGCUGGAAAUUCUUGGGGAGAAUGUUACAAACAGUGGCUGAAGCAAUAAUAAUGUCGUUUAAGAAUAUGUACAAAGUCAAAAUUUGUUUAUUUCAUAUUUUCAAUUGAAACUUAUUCCAACGUGCAAUAAAACAU